AUGUUUUCGACAGCGACAGCUCUUGUUGAAUCAGAUGAAGAUUUAUUGGAGAAAUUUGAUACUGAACAUUUGGAUUUGGUUAAGAAUCGUUUAAAUGCUUUAGAAUUAAAUAGUGAGCAGCUUAGUCAGAUUAUGAAGCUUUUACAGUUUGAUUUAACAGAAGGAUUGAAAUCAGAACGAAGUGUUGUUAAGAUGCUUCCGACUUUUGUUUCAUCAAAUAAAACAACUAUGAAAAGCCAGACAAUAACCCUUGAUUUAGGGGGAACAGGGUUUCGUGUAUAUUUAAUCGAUUCAAACGGAGAAAUUAUUCAUGAAACGAUAGUAAAAAUUCCAGAAAAUAUCAAGAGAGGGACUGAAAAUUUAAUGUCCUUUAUUGCCAAUUCGUUAAAAAAAUUUUUCAUCAAAUACAAGUUACCUCUGAACAACAAAAUGCCUCUAGGCUUUACUUUUUCUUAUCCGUGUGUCCAUAAUGGGCUUACUUCGGCUUCACUUAUGAGAUGGACCAAGGGAUUUUCUGCUGAUGGUUUUAAAGACAAAAACAUUGUACAAAUGUUGCGUGAAGCUUGUAGUUUAGAACAAAUCCAGCUUGGCGUUAUUACUCUUAUUAAUGAUACAGUGGGCACUUUGCUCGCCUGUUCUUUGGUUAAUGGCGAUUGUUCAGUUGGCUUGGUGGUGGCUACUGGAUUUAACAUUGCUUACAUGGAGAAUGUUAAAAGUGUUCCAAAGUUAAAAAAUCAUGACAAAUUAAAAGAUUAUAAGGAAAUAUGCAUUAACACAGAAAUGGGUGCUUUUGGAGAGAACGAAACAAUUGAACCUUAUCGAACCGACUUUGACCGCCUUCUUGAUACAAAUUCAAUUAAUCCAAAGGAACAGAUUUUUGAAAAAAUGAUAUCUGCAAUGUAUUUGGGCGAAUUAAUGCGUCUCGUUGUACGUGAUUUAUUUGAAGCUGGUAUGAUUUUUAAUGGAAAACCAAAUGCGAUUUCUUUGCUUGAAGGACAAGAUUUUUUUAAAACUUCUAACAUGACUAAAAUUGCUGAGUAUGUUUUUAUUCUUGCUUUUUUUUGA